AUCAAGCCUAUCCGACGACAAUAACAAAACAUAACAUAGGCACUUGGUUCGGUGUUGCUGAUGAAAGCCCAACCAAACGCACUGGGCUGCCCGCGGGUUGCAGGACGUGACAACCCGCCCCUCCUCUCAGAUGGCGACCGUGGCUUAAGCCACAGACUCAAAGCACCAAGAACACAUAAAACAAUAUGCGAUCACAGGUACCUAUUACAUACCGGUGCUGUGAAUGGCUCACCUCAGUCGGAUUGGGGUGCCGGGUCCGGGUCCGUCGGGGUAAGCCCCUCCCCCACCCUUCCGCCCGUGCGGAACACAACGCCGUCGAGGGGGUCCGAUCAUCCAUCAGCCGCUUUCAUCAUCCGCCCCCAACAUCUCGUCGUCCAAGAAGAAAACAUACUUUUGCUCAAUCCUCGAGAAUUCCAUAUACCAAUAAAACCCAGAGACUUCCGCCUGGCAAACACAUCCUCACUGCAUUGGAACGAGAUACACCCUCCCACCUACGUCAGACACAGGAUCCAAGACAAAUAUGUCCGUCAAGACCCCCCCAAUCAAAAACCUCCUCGAGGUCAUCGAGGACACGGAUAAUGGCCUCACCUUCAUGAAGAAUGUCUCGAUCCCCCUCAAAGACUCGCCACUCCCCAUCCGCGCAAACGUCUACCUCCCACUCACCGCCGACAAGGCCGCCCGCCACCCUGUGUUGGUGACCUACGGGCCCUACGGCAAGGACAUACCCUAUGCCAAGUUCUUCCCAAAGUCGUUCAGCGAGGUCAGCCCGGACCAGCGGUCCAAGUACUCGGCCUGGGAGACGCCCGAUCCCGUCUUCUGGACGAAGCAGGGCUACGCCGUCGUCCGAGCCGACGAGCGCGGCCUGGGCCAGAGCCCCGGCCUGCUCGACACCAUGAGCCGCGGCACGAGCGAGUGUUUCUUUGACGUUGUCGAGUGGGCGGCGGACCAGGAGUGGUCCAGCGGCAAAGUCGGCCUCUUGGGCAUCUCGUACUAUGCUGGCUCCCAGUGGCGUGUUGCCGCUCGGCGACCCAAAGGCUUGGCCGCCAUAAUACCCUGGGAGGGCAUGUCGGACUACUAUCGCGACCGCUGCCGUCACGGCGGUAUCUACUCCAACAAGUUCAUCGGCGUCUGGUGGAACCGCCAAGUCCUCGUCAACCAGUACGGCCGGAAAGGCAGAUCCCAGCUGCAGUUCCCGCCCGAUGGACCUGGUGCCAGAGGUCAAGAGGACACCAUCGAAGGCGACCUGCCGGAUGACGUCCUCGUCGCAAACCGCAAAGACCAGACCCAGGACAACGAGGCCAACCGCUUUCGCGACGACGACUACUAUGCCAGCAAGGAGUACAGCUUGGCGGACAUCGAGGUUCCCCUUCUGAGCGUCGCCAACUGGGGCGGCAUUCUUCUUCACCUCCGUGGCAACGUGCAGGGCUAUCUCGGAGCCGGCUCCAGGCUCAAAUACCUCCGUUUCAUCACGGGUCGCCACGACCUCCCCUUCUACUAUCCCGAGGAGGUCGAGCUGCAAAAGAGCUUCCUGGACGCCUUCCUGAAGGGAGAAGACCGCGUUGGCUGGAGCACGCCCGGCAAGGUGCCUCCCGUGACACUGACGCUGCGAAAGGGCAACGUCGGCUUCAACGAUGCCGAAAAGGAGAGGGCGUACCCCAAGAGAGAAGAGACGGCGUGGCCAAUCCCGCGCACAAAGUACACAAACUUUUACCUGACGCCAGACUUCGGUCUGACGACGACGGUGACGACGGCUGGAUCCAGCACUGACCCCAAGACCGUUUCUUACAAAGCCCUGGGCUCCUUGGAGAACCAGCAAGCCGUCUCCUUCACCACAGCACCCUUCGAGCAGGAAACCGAGAUUACAGGUCACGUUACCGCCCACCUCAACGUCUCCGUCACGCCUGACGACGCCGCCAAUGAGACCGACAUCGAUCUGUUUGUAACCCUGCGGCACCUUGACCCGGCGGGCCAGGAAAUAUACUACACGGGUACAGCCGGCGACCCCGUGCCGCUCGUCAAGGGCUGGCUGAGAGUGAGCAACCGCAGGGUGCACGAGGAGGACCCCAGGCACAAGUCCUGGCUGCCGCACAGAGAGUAUCUCUCUAGCGACGUCCAGCCAGUCAAGGCUGGCGAGGUCUACGCCGUGGACGUGGAGAUCUGGCCGACGAAUGUCGUUGUCGACAAGGGCGGCAAGCUUGUCUUCGAAGUCAGCAGCGGCGACACUCAGGGCAGUGGCAUUUUCCAGCAUUCAUCCGAACUCGACAGAUCUGCUUCCAAGUUCGCGGGACUGAACCACAUUCAUUUUGGGCAGGGUCUCGAGAAUUAUGUGACGUUGCCUGUAAUCCCGCCGAGUUGAGGCAGACAAGCCUUACUUGGCCGUGCCAUCUCCUUCGGAACGCGCCUUCGUCUUUGUGGCAUAAAAUUUGCCGAGCAGUCGUUCCGAGCUGCCUACGUAGGUAGACACGUGGUUGGGCAAGGGCGAGAAUCCGGGGCUGCGAAAGGGGCCGGGCCCGGCUGCCGGUGGGGGCGG